UUACCUUUCUGGCAAGAAAUAAGUCUCAGCACAGGAGGAUCAGUAGCCAAGCCUGGGGUGCACAGUGUGUGGACAAUUGAACUUACCAAACAAACAGUCCAUAUGGGGCUUCAAACCUAAAAGGAUGUAGCUCCAAAUCAUGGACAGGCUUACAACAAUCCAUGUGCUGUGGAUGUUAUGGAGGAGGAAAACAGAUACAUGUUAACAUGCAGAUAUAUUCCGUUUCGGAUAUGUUUAUGAAGAAUUAUAAUAAUUCCAUGAAAAUAUAGAAGAAACUUUUUUAUUUAUUCUGUUUUACUUGCACAGUCAGAGAAAUGUCUUCUUUUGGAAAUGCAAUUGAAAGAUGGAGUAUGGCAGAUCUGCGGAAUCCAGUGAAUUCUGAAGAUUACUCUAACCGGAUAUCACCUGCAAAAUCUAUUGCAACGGUGGUGGACUCUGCCUACAGUUCAUUUUCUGGUAGCUCCUAUGUUGUAGAUUACCAAACCUCCUUCCAAAAUGAUAGUUAUCAUCUGAACAAUGAUCCACGAUCAUAUAUGGACACUGAAUAUGUCAAAGCUAUUUAUAACCCCAGUACAGUAGACAAUGGAUAUUUAUUAGAUAAAUCUUGUGUGGGAGAUGGUGCUUAUAAUGCUGAGACAUUUCUAAGAACUGACAGUAUCAGUAUGUAUAAAACAAAGUCCAAGGGGUCUACUAAUAUGUCUCAUUCCCCACCAAAACGGUUGGAUUGCUGUGUUACUCUCCAAGACAUUGAGCGGUUCAAUGUAUGUGGUGGUAAUGAUAUUCCCUGUAGUCAAAGCAUUAAGUUGAGUCCUAUAAAUGAUAUUAGCCAUUUUUCAUCUGAACAUAAAGUGAGCCAACACCAAAGCAGAAGUUCCACAUGGAUGAAAGAUGGUAUUCAAGGAGACGGUAGCCAAGAACGGAUUUUGCCUUCUUAUUUAGAAAGGAAAGAGAAUCACUACUUUGGAAGACCAUCAUUCAUGCUUCAUUCAGACGGUUUUCCCGAAAUGGAACAAUCUGUUAAUCAGAAUGUUCUGCCCUCACAUCUUACUGAAGAAGUCAGCAGCACUUAUGACAACAAAAAAAUCCCUCAUAUAAACAAACUAGAUGAGCAUUUUUUUAAAGGAAUGGAUCUUGAAAUAAAGGAAACCAUUCCCAGGGAUUUCUCUAGUAAUGCAAAAGAUGUCUACAUAGAGCAAAAAGAAUGCAUUCCAGAACCCAACACAGAUUCUAAAAGCACAAAAUGUUCCUCAAGUGAACCUAUGUCAGAGAGACUCAGUGCUUAUGACAAUAAAGGUGGAUUUUGGGUCACAAAGCCAGGUAAAGAAGCUCAUUGUUACUUUUCUGAAAGAGAGCGUGAUGAAGUUAUACAAUUGGCAAUCGGUCAACCUUACAAGGCACAAAAUGAACCAAUGAGCAUAGACUGUGACAGCCAUGGACAAUGUGAUAAGAGACAUAAAAUGCUUGACACAAAAGCUAGUCAGAUAUUUUAUCAUGGGCCUAGUGACGGUGAAAGUGCCCUGUCUGUAAAGCCAUUAAAUUCAGAGAAUGCAGUUAAUGAAGGCACUAAAAUUCACAGAGUUCGAAAAGACGCAACUAUAAGAACUAUCCCAAUGUUAUCACUACAAUCCGAAAGUGAAAAGUAUCAAAAUAAUUUUUGUGAAUUAACCAGUGAUAAGAUUACAAAGGAAGCAACGCCAAUGCUAUAUCAUCUCUCAGGAGGAAGAAACAAUCCUUUUGCAGGUAGAAUUCACAGCACAAACCAGGUCAAGCAAACAGAACAAAAUCCUGAAUCUAAGACGUGUAAAAAUCUGGACAAUAUUUCUACUGCACAGGUCACAGAGGACAAAAUAAAUGUCAAACAACUCCGGAAAAAUCGAAGUCAGACCCAACUUUCAGAACUUACAGACAAUCUUUCUAAUGAUGAUGGGACAACUGGAAGCCUCACAUCGUCAGCAGAAGAAUCUUUUAUGCAUGAUUACAGGCAAAAGCUUAAGGUUGCCCAGAAGAAAGUCUUGAGAGAAACCUCAUUUAAAAGAAAAGAUUUACAAAUGAGUUUGCCUGGCAGGCUAAAGCUCAAUCCUUCUAAAAGACCCACUAUUGACCAUUUAAGAUCACAUUCUUUAUCUAGUGCAAAUGAGGAAACUAAGUUAGUCCCACCAAAAACCUCAGUUGACAUCAACUGCAAGAAAUUUGAUCCAGAAAAGUCUGCUGUUUCUCGAAUAGGAGGAAGGAAACGAAUCACAAAGGAACAAAGAAAGCUAUGUUACUCGGAACCUGAGAAACUGGAUCACCUUGGCAUUCAGAACUCUGGCUUCACUUGGAGGGAAGGAAGUACAAUCUUGACCCAAAGUAAAACUAGCAAAUCUGACAUGGCACUCAAAGUUAGGUCUUUAGAUAACAAAGAACGAACCGUCUCAACAUCAAAUCUUUCCAAGACAGAAUUAAAACAAAUACAACAAAAUGCACUCAUGCAGUAUAUGGAGCGCAAAACAAAUCAAAGACCUAAUAGUAAUCCUCAAGGCCAUAUGCAGAGGACAUCAGGGAUGAAAAAGUAUGAAAGAAAAUCAAUGCCAAGUGACCAAUCAUGCAACGAUCUUUCCCAAGCAUAUAUACAUAGGCGAUCGACUGGUGCCUCUUCUUCAUAUGAUGCAACUGUGACAUGGAGUGACAGAUUUAUAAGAAACUCUCCAUGUGGGGAUUCUGGAAAGCAUGCUGACCUAAGUGUAGAAGAAAAAUGCAUGACAUAUCUGGACCAGUGCAUUUUAGAAGACAAAAAAUAUUCUGAAGAUUAUCCACCAUCUUUUUGCCAGAAAUCUAAACCUGCACAACUUGGUCAGGUAUCAAAGGGUUGUAGGACAUUUUCAGCAUCUGUACUUUCUAAUAAUAAUAACCAGGAUUUCAGUAAUAGAUUGUCUGUCACAGAAGACAUUGCUUUGAUGGAGGGUGACAGAGCAAGCUCAUCAAGAGGACGAGGGAAGUCAAUGGAAGAUAUCGGCACUGCAGACAUAGUCAGGCUUUCCGUACUGAGCCAAAGUACUGAUCAGCUUUACCACAUAAAAGAACUUUUAAAAUUGCCAAGGACAGAAAGUGCAAGCUGCACAUCUGUGGUCCAUCAAGAAAGGCUCUGGGUCAGCACAGAGAAUGACUUAGGAAAUGUGCCCAGUAAAACAAGUAGAGAGGAUGCAAGGCCGCGCAGAUCAAAUGUUGCAAGCUCAGCGCAUGAUAGACAUUCCAGACCUUCCAGAGUAAGUGCCGUUUCCUCAGCCACAGAGACUUACAUUUCCCAAGAAGUUCUGCACGCCGGGGCUCUUGAGAAAUCAAAGUCUUUAGAAAGUGAAGAUGAGGUAUUUUCACAAGCUGUCGCCAUCAGAAAGGAGCUGUGCAGCCGGAUCUCCUAUGGGCAUCAAGAAGAUUCAACAAGACCCCUCUCUUACUGUGAUGAGACUCCAUCAUUUGUCACUGUCAUGCCUGGUCAUGUUACGUUAGAACAUACGACUGUAACCGAUCCUGAAGCAAGUUCUGAAUCUGAUGAGAAAGAUUUGCCUGAGAAUGGUGAUGAGUUGAAAGAUGAUCCAGUUGAACUGGUGGAGACUCAGACAGUCAGAAAAUCACCUGACCCCACAGGAGACAGCGAAGACAUAAUAUUGGCAGAAAGCAAGCCAAUGAGUAAUUCACAGCAGGAAGAAUUAAUCCUAGUUCCAUCCAGUCAGGUGAAUGUUCUGCAAACAUCGCAGUCUCUUGUUGUCCAGAGCAAGCCUGAUGAGAACAAUGGUAAAGUUGGACAGGAUUCAGAAGCCAGCGUGCUCACGAGCGCUGAUCCAGGAGGUGAAGCAGACUUUCCUAGAGUCGAGUUGAAAGCCCCUGAAGAUGACAGACACGCAGAGCUCAUUAAAGAAAUAAUUGCUGAAGACAAAUCUCUGUCUGACAUACUCAAACCCCUUCCUGUUAGAGAAUCUGCAAUGGAUCUCAUGAAAAGCCUGUUCCUUUUGGACAUAUCGGAAAUGGAAAAAUGCAGGCAUAGGAGAAGUCCAAAAAAAGCCAAUAAUGAAAUCCUUUCAAGCAACAGAAAGUCAAGCCUAGAAGGUACUUCAAAACUUUCACCCAAAACAAUGCUGUUGCUUGAAAAGUGUUCCCGUCAGAUAGAUGGAGAAAGUCAAGGUGGCAUUACUGCAAAGAAGACUGAAUUAAUGUCCAGCAUCUGCUCCAAAUUGGAGGAACUCUGUGAGCAAAGGGAAUUGCUCCUGUCUGAUAUCAGUGAAAACCUAUCUGAUGGUAAAAAUAUGGAGGCAGUGGUGAAAGAAAUUUGUAAACCUAAUGAGUAUGAACGCUACAUGAUGUUUAUUGGGGAUCUGGAGAAGGUGGUCAGCCUCCUUUUCUGCUUGUCCAUGAGGCUAGCUAGGGUUGAAAAUGCUUUGAGCAAGAUAGACGACAAUACAGACGCUGAAGAAAUGCAAUCCUUAAAGGAGCGCCACAACCUCUUGUCUAGGCAGAGAGAAGAUGCUAAAGAUUUGAAAGAAAAUCUAGAUCGCAGAGAGCGUGUGGUCACUGGAAUUCUGGCAAAAUACCUGAGUGAGAAUCAGAUACAGGACUACAAACAUUUUGUGAGGUUCAAAACUUCCUUCCUGAUUGAACAGAAAGACCUUGAUGAGAAGAUUAAAUUUCACGAAGAACAGUUAGAGUCUCUCCACAAUAGCAUUCCUCCUUAAUUACCCGGUGGAUAGAAGAAAUUUCAUUCUCCCUGGUAUUCCCAGCCACGACGAGAGUCCUAUGGGUUCUUUCUAUUUUAAUCAAAAUUUGUUGGUGUUGAUUAAACUGCUGCUAUGAAACAACGGGAUUAAUUUCCGUGUUAUAAAAUGUAGGCCGGACUCACUAAAAAGAAUUUGUGACUGUGUUAAUCAGGCAACAGAAGCAUAAGUUAGGCUGAAUGACAGCCGUGGCAAAAACGGGACAGAUAUAUUUGCGUGCCUUGUUUUAUUUGGAUAAGUUGUCAGUGUUUUGUCUUUUAUCUAUGUUGUUACAUAAACAGUAUGUCCUUGACAUUUGCUUCCUUUCUGGUUGACAAAAUUAUUUCAAUAAAAACUAUAUAAAAAAAAAAUGUGUAUAUAUACACAUACAUUUCUGUACAUGGUAUAACAAAAGCAAAGUGUCAAUUUAUAGAGAAUAAAAUAUACUGUACAUUGUGUAAGCCUAA